GGGGGGGGGGGCACAGGCCCACACUCAGCAUAUACAGCACCCCUAAGACCACUGUCCCUGCCUCUCCCGUCUCCAUAUCCUGGUACCUCCCUGUAGAAAUGCUGUCCCCAGCUGUUCCCAUUCUCAUCCCUGGAGACACAGCAGGACCGAGGCCCUGCCAUCUCCGGAUAAUGCAGCAUUGCCCUGGAGCUCUGGGUGGAGAGGGAAGGCUGACCCUGUCCCAGAAGCCAGGUGGGAGCCCCUUCGGCUUUCCAGAGAGCCAGCCACCCCUUUAGUUCUGGCUGGAAGGGAGCCCAGAUCCCCUCUGCAGGAACAACCACUAUUACUCCAGUCUUGUAUGCAUCCCAGAAAGACUCUAUGCAUUUGCACAUGUCUAUUAUACUUUACUUCCCAUGACUCACACAUGAGGGAAAAUGAGGCCCUCAGAGAAGUGAAGUACUUUGACUAAGGUCACACAGCUGGUAAGUUGGCAGAGCUGGGAUUUGGAAGCAGAUCUAACUGAAGAACUCAGCUCCUUUCUCCGCCCACGCUCUGGCAGAGGUAAGCCCUGGCAUUGACAAAGCCUCUCCUGAACCACUGGCUGUGACAAAUCUCCAUUCUAAGGCCCUGGAGAUCUGCCUUCCUGUCCGUUGAAUGUCCAAUGCCUGUAUUGACUUAAUAAGGAGGAGUCAUGCCCCUAUGAAAGAAAAGUUCCCAUAAGGGUCCUUCCUUCUGUGUGGCUGGUGGUUCCCCAGGGACAGCCUGAUUCCCAGGGUUCAGAGCAUUCUGGAGAAGGAAACCACAUGAGCACGGGUCUCUAACUAGAGGGGGUUGUGGCUGUGGUUUCAAUGAUGUUUCCAGAAAAUGGCCUACGUUCUCCCUGGGGGCAGGCUGGGCUGAGGGAGGUGUGAAGUAGGGAGCUGUUUUCUGUGGUAGCCACAUGCUUGUCCUCCAGAGCAAGGGAAGGAGGCUGAAGUCAGUCCCCGGUUGAGAGUAGGCUGGACAUAUGGACAAGGGCUACCCACCAGACUUCCAGGCUCUCCCCAAGCGGCGUUCUCUCCUGGGUCAGGACAGGGUUGGCUAAGAGAUGCCCAACUCUCUCUCCAGUGGAUGUCACUACAUCUCUGGGUAUGUCUCUGAGAACUUUCUAUAUGGGCUCUCUGUAGGGCUUUCUGGAUCCUAGCUUCCUGUUCAGUUUCUUUCUUUCUAGGACUCCUUCUGUGUUACGUCUCAGUCUGGUGUCUCCUCCACGUAGGGGACUAUGUCCCUGAGGCCCAAGAGAAGAAGCUCUCACCUCAUCCGGAUUGGCAAGUAGGGAGAGGUUUCAAACCAUGGCUGUGUGGAUACAAGCCCAGCAGCUCCAAGGCGAUGCCCUUCAUCAGAUGCAAGCAUUAUAUGGUCAACAUUUCCCCAUUGAGGUGCGACAUUAUUUAUCCCAGUGGAUUGAAAGCCAAGCUUGGGACUCAAUAGAUCUUGAUAAUCCACAGGAGAACAUUAAGGCCACCCAGCUCCUGGAGGGCCUGGUGCAGGAGCUGCAGAAGAAGGCGGAGCACCAAGUGGGGGAAGAUGGGUUCUUACUGAAGAUCAAGCUGGGGCACUAUGCCACGCAGCUCCAGAACACAUAUGACCGCUGCCCCAUGGAGCUGGUCCGCUGCAUCCGGCAUAUUCUGUACAACGAGCAGAGGCUGGUCCGCGAAGCCAACAAUGGUACUUCUCCAGUUGGAAGUCUUGCUGACACCAUGUCCCAGAAACACCUCCAGAUCAACCAGACGUUUGAGGAGCUGCGACUGGUCACACAGGACACAGAGAAUGAGCUGAAGAAGCUGCAGCAGACUCAAGAGUACUUCAUCAUCCAGUAUCAGGAGAGCCUGAGGAUCCAGGCUCAGUUUGCCCAGCUGGCCCAGCUGAAUCCGCAGGAGCGCCUGAGCCGGGAGACGGCCCUCCAGCAGAAGCAGGUGUCCCUGGAGGCCUGGCUGCAGCGGGAGGCCCAGACGCUGCAGCAGUACCGUGUGGAGCUGGCCGAGAAGCACCAGAAGACCUUGCAGCUGCUGCGGAAGCAGCAGACCAUCAUUCUGGAUGAUGAACUGAUCCAGUGGAAGCGGCGGCAGCAGCUGGCGGGGAACGGAGGGCCCCCCGAGGGCAGCCUGGAUGUGCUGCAGUCCUGGUGCGAGAAGUUGGCCGAGAUCAUCUGGCAGAACCGGCAGCAGAUCCGCAGAGCUGAGCACCUCUGCCAGCAGCUGCCCAUCCCUGGCCCAGUGGAGGAGAUGCUAGCUGAGGUCAAUGCCACCAUCACAGACAUCAUCUCAGCCCUGGUGACCAGCACAUUCAUCAUCGAGAAGCAGCCCCCUCAGGUCCUGAAGACCCAGACCAAGUUUGCAGCGACGGUGCGCCUGCUGGUGGGCGGGAAGCUGAACGUGCACAUGAACCCCCCCCAGGUGAAGGCCACCAUCAUCAGUGAGCAGCAGGCCAAGUCACUGCUCAAGAAUGAGAACACCCGCAACGACUACAGUGGAGAGAUCCUGAACAACUGCUGUGUGAUGGAAUACCACCAAGCCACCGGCACCCUGAGCGCUCACUUCAGGAACAUGUCCCUGAAGCGAAUUAAGAGGUCUGACCGUCGUGGAGCAGAGUCAGUGACUGAAGAAAAAUUUACAAUCCUGUUCGAAUCACAGUUCAGUGUUGGUGGAAAUGAGCUGGUUUUUCAGGUCAAGACUCUCUCCCUCCCGGUGGUGGUGAUUGUCCAUGGCAGCCAGGACAACAAUGCGACGGCCACUGUUCUUUGGGACAAUGCUUUUGCAGAGCCUGGCAGGGUGCCAUUUGCCGUGCCCGACAAAGUGCUGUGGCCGCAGCUGUGUGAGGCGCUCAACAUGAAAUUCAAGGCCGAAGUGCAGAGCAACCGGGGCCUGACCAAGGAGAACCUCGUGUUCCUGGCACAGAAACUGUUCAACAGCAGCAGCAGCCACCUUGAAGACUAUAAUGGCAUGUCCGUGUCCUGGUCCCAGUUCAACAGGGAGAAUUUGCCAGGACGAAAUUACACUUUCUGGCAGUGGUUUGAUGGUGUGAUGGAAGUGUUAAAAAAACAUCUCAAGCCUCAUUGGAAUGAUGGGGCCAUUUUGGGUUUCGUGAACAAGCAACAGGCCCAUGACCUACUCAUUAACAAGCCUGAUGGGACCUUCUUGCUGAGAUUCAGCGACUCUGAAAUCGGUGGCAUCACCAUUGCUUGGAAGUUUGAUUCUCAGGAAAGGAUGUUUUGGAAUCUGAUGCCUUUUACCACCAGAGACUUCUCCAUCCGGUCCCUGGCUGACCGCUUAGGGGACCUGAAUUACCUUAUCUACGUGUUUCCUGAUCGGCCAAAAGAUGAAGUGUACUCCAAAUACUACACACCAGUCCCAUGCGAGCCUGCCACUGCUAAAGCGGUGGACGGAUACGUGAAGCCACAGAUCAAGCAAGUGGUCCCUGAGUUUGUGAAUGCGUCUGCAGACUCUGCCGGGGCCAGCGCCACCUACAUGGACCAGGCCCCCUCCCCAGCCGUGUGCCCCCAGGCUCAUUAUAACAUGUACCCACAGAACCCUGACCCCGUCCUUGACAAUGAUGGGGACUUUGAUCUGGAUGACACAAUGGAUGUGGCGCGGCGUGUGGAAGAGCUCUUGGGCCGACCUAUGGACAGUCAGUGGAUCCCUCACGCGCAGUCAUGACGCCCCCAUCUCCAUCUUUAGCUUCUUCGUCCUCGCCAGAGGAGUUACUCUUGUGGAUGUUUUAAUUCCAUGAAUCGCUUCUCUUUGGAAACAAUACUCAUAAUGUGAAGUGUUAAUACUAGUUGUGACUUUAGUGUUUCUGUGCAUGGUGGCACCAGUGAAGGGAACGUGUGUGAGUGUGUGAGUGUGAGGGUGUGUGGGUGUGUGUGUGCGUGAGUUUUCACAUUGGGCUGUUUCUCCCCCUUGCUGUCCAGAGUUUAGUUGCAGCACUGGGGCCAUAAACAGUGGCUGUGGUUGUUUCAACCUUGUGUAAAAGGCGGUAGUUCCAUGAACCCUGGAACUUGGCCAUGUGUUCAGAGGGUGGCUGAACUUUGACAUGUGGCUGUUCAAGUCAGAAAAGGACAAAGGGAGGAGAAAGCACCUCUCCUGUGAGAUUUGUCACUGUGUCUGCCAAGCAAUUGAUAUAUAACCGUGAUUGUCUCUGCUUUCCUCUGAAAUGUACAAAUUGCCUUUUGAAAAAGAAAGCCGUCCUCCCUCCUUCCCUCUCCCUGACUCCCGUUUUCCUGGGUAGGGAUGGGAAAAAGCGGGGACAUACAGUGAUUGUUGGGGCAAGGGAAGUCACGGGUUGUCUGAUGGGUAGUUGCUUUUUAAGUAACACUGAACCCAUGUUUUCUCAUUCCCUCUCCUUCCAUCCACUGUGUGAAUUGCCCCUCAGUUCUGUGUGUGUGCACGUGCGCAGACACGUUUGAUGAACCAGAGAAAAGAAAAGAGGGUCACAUAACCGCAGCUUACAGUGCUGAUGUCCUUUGUGUCGCAGCCAGAGUGGAAGGCCAGGCCGUGACCCACAGGCGCUGAGAAAGCUGCCUUGCCACCCGGGGCAGCUGCCCUCUGGUCUGCCCGUCCUUCCGCCCGAGCGCGGCUACCCCACGGCUUACUGAUGGUGGCCACUCGCACAGGCUGACUGGUGUUUUGUUUCUAAAUCGGGACUUCUUGUUUUGCUCUUCCCACCCUGAUCUGAUAUCACAGCCCUUUCUUCCUGUGGCAGGUCCUGUGCCAUUCACACCCAGGUCACCUCGAUUCCCUUCACUGUCCACACGGGCCAUCUCAGGGAGGGGCCGGUGGGGAUGCAGUUCGAACCCAGGGCCAGCGUGCUCAGCGACGUUGUUGCCCACUUGGUACGGGCCACUGGGUGUCAGCGUUGGUAAUCUGGGGCAACACAGUCAGUGGGUUUCCUAGGAAGUUUGGUAAGCUGCAGAAGCCAAACAAAACAGCUUCAGUACAACGUCCACGAUUUCUUCCGUAGCUUUGCCCCAGAAGGAAGGAACGGUCUAUCGCAGUCAGGUGGGAAGAGGGGGAAGCAGGUACAGCUUUCAGGGUAGGCCUAAAGGUCACUCACCCCCGGCCCCCUUCUCCAAAAGAAGGAAUGACCACACCAGGAGAGAAUGGCCCUAAAAACCUUAUUUUUAUACAUGUGAGUAAAUAAACAUAUUUUUUUUACAAAAAUGACUUGUGGAUUUAUCAGUGUUUUGAUGUUAAAGGAAAAUAUUCCUCUGUAGUAAAUUAUUUAUUGGAAGAUGACUUUUUAAAAGCUGCUGUUUGCCCUGGCUUGGUUUCAUACACUGAUUUAUUUUUCUAUGCCAGGCAGUAGAAUCUCUCUGCCUCUGAGGAGCAGGCUGACCCUUCAUUGAUACCAGCAGUGACAUAGGAUGUCGCUAAGCCCUUUACAUACCCCUCAAGAUUUGAUUAAAAUUCCACCCAUGAGGAUGAGUGUUGGGGAAGCGGGAGGAGGAGGCCUGACCGCUCUCGGACCCAGUCAUAAAGAGCCCUUCCCUGCCUGCCCAUUGGACUUCACCAGCACCGGCCCCUGAGUGCCCUGAGUGCCCUGAGUGCCGUGGCAGGCCGGCUGGGAGCUCAGCAGCCCCGACGGGGCGGGACUGACACACUUUCACGUUGGCAGGGACCCAGCCCCAGGGUGUGCUGUGGGCAGAGCUUGCCCUUGACGGUUGGCACUGGAGAUUGGGGGGACAGGAGCCAAAGAGCGUGGCUGCCCCGAGCAGAGGGGUCCCAUGCUGGUACGGUCGCUGACCUAUCCUCCGUUUUCCUGAGGCUGCGCUGAUAGAUGGGAGAGAUGUUUGACUGAAAGGUAUGCUCGCUAUCUGCGUUGUGUUUUCUCUUUUCUCCCUGUUCCUGCAAACCACAAAAGAGGCAGUGGCAAGUCUUGACCUCCUCUGCCUCUCACUCGCCCCCAGACACGCACACACAUAAGUCAUCAAAUGUUUCAAUGUGUGGUAUGUGCCGGGUUUUUGUAGGGGGGUGGGGAGACUAAAAGUGAAUAGAACUUAAAGUGGAAGUAUACUUUUUAUAAUUUUUCUUUUUAAAACUUUGUGAAAUUAUUUCAGAUACAUAUUUUAGUGUUGAGGCAGAUUAGUAUGUAGCCACCAAAAAAGUAUUGUGUACAAUCUGGGGCAGUCACAAAAUUGUGUAUUUUAUGUUACAAUAAAGGCUUCCUCUGAAGGGACAA